AUGGUGUCAGUCGUACCAGUGAAGGACAAGAAACUUCUGGAGUUCAAACUAGGGGAGCUGCCAAGCUGGAUCUUGAUGUGGGACUUUAGCCCUAGUGGCAUUGCCAGAGCGUUUCAAAGAGGUUACUACCAGUACUACAAGUACAUCAACGUGAAGAAGGGGAUCAUCUCGGGGAUAACCAUGGUGCUGGCAGCCUACAUGCUCUUCAGCUACUGA